AUGACUGCCCAGAAGACGAAGGCUCAGCGCGUUGCGCUCAUUACUGGCUGCUCGGAAUCCAACUCGAUCGGCGCAAACCUCGCCCUUGACCUCCUUCGCCGCGGAUGGAAGGUCUACGCAACCGCUCGGAAGGUCGAGACCCUUGCUCCGCUCAAGGCAGAGGGCGCGCAGGUCCUCGCCCUCGAUGUGGUGGACAAGCUGUCGAUCGCGGACGUCAAGAAGACUAUCCUCGACGCUGAGGGAAGGCUCGAUGCUCUCGUGAACAAUGCUGGUGUUGAGGACCGCUGCCCCGUCAUCGACGUCGACAUCGAGCGCAUGCGCGGCAUGUACGAGGUCAACGUGUUUGCUCCCAUCGCUCUCGCGCAGGCAUUCGCCCCCCUCCUCGUCGCCGGCCACAAGCUCUCCGGCGCUCGUUCCGUCAUCAUCAACAUCGGCUCUGCCGCAGCCUACGGCAAUCCCUGGAUGGGCGUGUACGGCUCCACCAAGGCGGCUCUUCAGUCUCUCUCGGACGCGAUGCGCCGCGAGCUGGCUCCCCUCGGCAUCGCCUCCGUCACUGUGGAGCUCUCCGUCGUCGACACAGCGAUGCAGACGGGCCUGAAGGCGUUCGGUCUCAGCAACAAAGGCUCGCAAACUGGACUCUACGCCAACUUCCCCGAAGUCGAGGACGCAUUCAAGCUCGAAUUUAAGAAGAUGUGCGCCAACGCUCCCAGCGUCCAGGAGGUCGACAACGCCCUCGGCCGGGCUGUUGAGAGCCCGCCGCGCAAGAUCUGGCUCGGCGAGCGUAACUGGCUCUUCCGCUGGAUCAUUCCCGCCCUCCCUAUCGCGAUCCUCGACCGUGCGCUCAGCCAGGCGCAGCACGUCGGACUUGUCCGCACCUCCGACUCGUUCUAG